GAGGUUUAUGAGCUAGCACAAUUAUGCACCCCAUUAGAGCUGCUGCCUUCCUCCGCCUUCGAUGAUGUCGUUCACCGUCAUAGGAACCCCGUUCAGUACGUUUACACGGACGAUCACUCUUGGUCUGCAUUACAAGAGAGGGAAAGAAGGCACGCUUAAGCUACGAGAAAGUCUCGCCAUCGUGAGGUAUCUCGACAGAGUGGCACCACAACCGACCCUCUGUAUAUCUGCUGGCGACGGUCGUGCUCUCAUCGAGGAACAGAUGUGGGAGUUUGUGAGUAUGGUAGCAUCACAUGGAUUUCCUGCCAUAGAGUUCGGUGUUGUCAAACCGCGCAUGGCUCUCACUGAUGAGGGCAAAGCGACGGACGCGGAAAUCCGGGAAAGCAUUAACACCGGCGUCAACCGAUCGCGCCGAUUCUUGACUAUCAUCGAGGAAGCGAUGUCUCCUGAGGGUUACGCAUUCGGAGAAAAGUUGAGCUGGGCAGACUUCUUCCUUUACCCUCUUCUUGCAGACCUCCGGGCAAUUCCGGAGGGUGAGUUGCUCAGCGAGCGCAUGCUUGCCUGGAUGGAGUCGAUGGACAAGUUAGAGGCGGUGAAGGCGACAACCCCGGGCACCCUGUCUGCCGGUGCAAGGCCAUCCUAG